AUGGUGACGGCGCGCGUGCGGUCGCCCGGCCCCUCCAGCCGCUGGUACAGCGGGAAACGCCUGGCAACGCCUGGCGUCGGGGUUUUCGCGAUGCGGCACGUGUGCUGCUGGAGCAAGUUCAUGGCGGAACUGACAGUGCCCGCCGUGGAGUCAGCCCUCAUCAUUGCUCCGUUCGGUGAAUUCACUAACGAGUCGGUUUCAGGCAAACGGCCGCUUAGGCAGAGGAGCUCAGAGCUGGAGUAUAUUAACAAGUACAGACAGCUGGAAGCUCAGGAACUGGACGUGUGUGGCAGCGACCGCUCAGCCCAUGGGCCAGGUCCAAGGCCACCUUCGGCUAAAUUAAGCCAUGUUCCAUGCAUCCCAGAGACAACUUAUAAAUAUCCUGAUUUGCCUAUAAAUCGAUGCAGGGAAGAGGUGAUAUCGCUGGUAGAAAGCAACUCCGUGGUGAUCAUUCACGGCGCCACGGGCAGUGGGAAGAGCACGCAGCUCCCGCAGUACAUCUUGGAGCAUCACAUCCAGCGCUCCAGCUACUGCAACAUCGUGGUCACCCAGCCCCGGAAGAUAGGGGCCAGCAGCAUCGCCCGCUGGAUCAGCCGGGAGCGCGCCUGGGCUUUGGGCGGCUUGGUGGGCUAUCAGGUGGGAUUGGAGAAAAUAGCGACGGAGGACACCAAGCUCGUGUACAUGACAACUGGAGUCCUGCUGCAGAAGAUCGUCAGUGCCAAGAGCCUGAUGGAGUUCACGCACAUCUUCAUCGACGAAGUACACGAGAGAACUGAAGAAAUGGAUUUCCUGCUGUUGGUUGUCCGCAAACUUUUAAGAACAAAUUCACGUUUUGUGAAGGUAGUCCUGAUGUCAGCCACCAUCAACUGUAAAGAGUUCGCAGAUUACUUUGCCGUUCCCGUCCAGAACAAGAUGAAGCCCGCACACAUUUUCGAGGUGGAGGGGCAGCCACACUCCAUUGAAGAAUGCUACCUCGGUGACCUGGAGCACAUUCACCACGGCCGGCUUUCUCCUCACCUCCUGGAGGAGCCCGUGAUAACGAAGGACAUCUACGAAGUUGCCGUCUCCCUGAUCCAGAUGUUCGAUGACUUAGACAUGAAAGAGAGUGGGAACAAGAACUGGUCGGGCGCCCAGUUUGUGUCGGAGCGGAGCAGCGUGCUGGUGUUUCUGCCAGGUCUGGCUGAAAUAAACUGUAUGCACGAACUCCUCACAAACAUGGUUCACAAAAGACUGCAGGUGUACCCGCUGCACUCGAGUGUGACUCUGGAGGAGCAGAGCAGCGUGCUGCUGAGCCCGGUGCCUGGGUACAGAAAGAUUAUUCUGUCUACCAACAUUGCAGAGAGUUCCGUCACAGUUCCAGAUGUCAAAUAUGUUAUAGAUUUUUGUUUGACUAGAACUCUGGUUUGUGACGAAGACACGAAUUAUCAGAGUCUGCGAUUGACUUGGGCCUCUAAAACCAGCUGUAAUCAGAGAAAAGGCCGUGCCGGACGAGUGUCCAAGGGGUACUGUUACCGCCUGGUACACAGGGAUUUCUGGGACAGCGCCAUCCCCGACCACGUCAUCCCAGAGAUGCUGCGCUGUCCUCUGGGAAGCACCGUCCUGAAGGUGAAGCUACUCGACAUGGGUGAACCGAGGGCCUUGCUGGCGACCGCGCUCUCCCCGCCCAGCCUGAGCGACAUCGAGCGGACGGUCCUCCUGCUCAAGGAGGUCGGCGCGCUGGCGGUCAGCGGGCAGAGGGAGGACGAGAACCCCCACGACGGCGAACUGACCUUCCUCGGCAGGGUGCUAGCCCAGCUUCCCGUCAGCCAGCAGCUCGGCAAACUCAUCGUGUUGGGGCACGUGUUCGGGUGCCUGGACGAGUGUCUCAUUAUAGCGGCAGCUCUGUCUUUGAAGAACUUUUUUGCAAUGCCUUUUAGGCAGCAUCUUGAUGGUUACAGGAACAAAGUGAAUUUCUCCAGCAACAGUAAGAGCGACUGCAUCGCGCUCGUCGAGGCAUUUAAAACUUGGCAGAGUUGCAGACAGAGAGGAGAGCUGCGUCAUCCGAAGGAUGAACUUGACUGGGGAAGGUUAAAUUACAUUCAAAUUAAGAGAAUUAGAGAGGUGGCUGAAUUGUAUGAAGAGCUGAAGGGCAGAAUCUCUCAGUUCAACAUGUGCGUGGACUCUCGGCGGCCCGUCGUGGACCAGGAGCACACGUACAAGCAGCGCUUCAUCUUGCAGGUCGUGUUGGCAGGUGCUUUUUAUCCAAAUUACUUUACUUUUGGGCAGCCCGACGAGGAGAUGGCGGUCAGGGAGCUGGCUGGCAAAGACCCCAAGACAACGGUCGUGCUGAAGCACAUCCCUCCGUACGGCUUCCUCUACUACAAGCAACUGCAGUCCCUCUUCCGGCAGUGUGGCCAAGUCAAGUCCAUUGUGUUCGACGGUGCAAAAGCCUUUGUGGAGUUUUCACGAAACCCGACAGAGAGAUUUAAAACUCUUCCUGCAGUGUAUAUGGCGAUUAAGAUGUCUCAGCUCAAAGUUUCCCUUGAACUCAGCGUUCACUCUGCAGAGGAGAUCGAAGGGAAGGUGCAAGGAGGGACCGUCUCGAAGCUCAGGAAUACCAGGGUGAACGUGGACUUCCAGAAGCAGACAGUGGACCCCGUGCAGGUGUCACUGAGCACGCUCCACAGGUCGCGGGCGGUCACGGAGCUCCUACUGACGGUCGAUGUUACAGAGGUGGUUGAAGCGGGGCACUUUUGGGGAUACAGGAUUGACGAAAAAAACUCAGAGAUCCUGAAAAAGCUUACUGCUGAGAUAAACCGCCUGAAAUUGGUGCCCUUGCCUGUUCACCCGCAUCCGGACUUGGUCUGUCUGGCUCCUUUUGCGGAUUUUGAUAAACAAAGCUAUUUCAGAGCUCAAAUCCUUUAUGUUUCUGGGAAUUCGGCUGAGGUGUUUUUUGUGGACUAUGGUAACAGAUCUCACGUGGAUCUUGAUCUUUUAAUGGAGAUUCCCUGUCAGUUUCUCGAACUUCCGUUUCAGGCCCUGGAGUUUAAGAUCUGCAAGAUGCGCCCGUCGGCCAGGUCCCUGGUGUGCGGCGAGCACUGGAGCGGCGGGGCCAGCCGGCGCUUCGCUGCCCUGGUGAGCGGCUGCGCGCUGCUCGUGAAGGUCUUCUCCGUCGUGCACAGCGUCCUGCACGUGGACGUGUACCGCUGCUCCGGCGUCCAGGACCUCCUCAGCGUGAGGGACGUCCUCAUCGACGAGGGCUACGCCGAGCUGGCCGACGAGUGCUACGAGUCCAAGCAAAGCCAUGAAGUUCUCAAGGGUCUCUUUUCCAAAUCAGUUGAAAAUGUGACAGACAUGUCUGUGGCGUCACCCGGGAAAGAUGAGGAGAAACACCUGAUCCGCAUUCUGUUGGACGGCUUCUCUUCCCGGAAGUUCGGGGCCCCAAACUGCAAGGUCAUUCUCCACGGGCCUUUCAACCCUUACGAACUGAAGUGUCACAGUUUGACCAGAAUAUCCAAGUUCAGAUGCGUUUGGAUCGAGAAGGAGAGCAUCAACUCCGUCAUCAUCAGUGACAGCCCCGAGGACCUCCACCAGAGGAUGCUGGUGGCAGCUUCCCUUUCGGUCAACGCCACGGGGUCUACCAUGCUGCUGCGAGAGACCUCCCUGAUGCCGCCCGUGCCCGGCCUCCCGGCCCUCCUGAGCAUGCUGUUUGCGCCGGUGAUGGAGCUAAGGGUCGAUCGGGCUGGGAAAUCCUACACUGGGGUCCUUUGUGGCUUGGGGUGGAACCCAACCACAGGGGCCCCCAUUCUGCCAGAGCACGACAUCGAGCUAGCGUUUGACGUUCAGUUCAGCGUGGAGGACAUCGUAGAGAUCAACAUCCUCAGGGCCGCUGUUAACAAGCUCGUGUGCGACGGGCCAAACGGGCUGAAGUUCCUCGGGCCGGAGAGGAUCGCACAGCUGCAGGACAACUCUCGUCAGAAGCUUCUGGGUUUGUUCUGUCAGCUGAAGCCGAGAGAGAGAAUCGUUCCCAAGUGGCAUGAAAAGCCGUACGAGUGGGACCAGGUCGACCCGAAGCUGGUCAUGGAGCAGGCGGACCCGGAGGGUGGCAGCGGAAAGAGCACCCUCCUGUACCAGCUCCACAGGCUGAUUGUCCUCAGCCCCUAGGUGGCCACCCCGGGGUGCUCCUGCCCCAGGAGAAGCCCCAGGGGGUCG